UUUAGAGCAGCAGCGUCACAUGUUGUUUUUCUCCGGGAUCAGAUCAGUCUCGGCUCUGAUCCGACCGCGCUGUUGCUUCUACCGCCGCCUGCAAUGGGGCGCAGAUAAAACGGGCUGCUCUGCGCGCUCCCCCGGUGUUUUUGCUGGCGUCUUUUCUUUUUUUAUUAUUUGUACAAACGGGACUCUGCCCGUCUGGGACUUGAAAGCGGGGAGAAAUGGCGAGUCCUCCCGCGCCCGGGGGACACCUGUUAUCUAACGGGACGAGCGGCGUGAAGAAGUGCGGGUACCUGCGGAAGCAGAAACACGGCCACCGGCGCUUCUUCGUGCUGCGGGAGCAGGGCGACCGGAGCCCGGCCCGCCUGGAGUACUACGAGAGCGAGAAGAAGUGGCGGAACAAAUCCGCCGCCAAGCGGGUCAUAACUUUGGACUCGUGCUUGUGCGUAAACAAGCGGGCCGACGCCAAACACAAGCACCUCAUCGCCCUCUACACCAAGGACGAGUACUUCGCCGUGGCCGCGGACAACGAGCAGGAGCAGGAGAGCUGGUACGCGGUUCUGACGGACCUCAUCGCCGAGGGGAAGGCGUACGACAGCCCCGCGUCCACCUCCUCCCUGGUGGGCUUCGAGGAGGCCAGCUACGGACUCGUCUCCCCCGCGUCCGCUGCGUACAAGGAGGUGUGGCAGGUGAACCUGAAGUCCAAAGGCUUGGGUCAGACCAAGAACCUGGUUGGGGUGUACCGGCUGUGCUUGUCCAGCCGGACCAUCAGCUUUGUCAAACUCAACUCGGAAGCGGCCGCCGUCAGCCUACAGCUCAUGAACAUCCGCCGAUGCGGCCACUCGGACAACUUCUUCUUCAUAGAGGUGGGCCGGUCGGCCGUCACCGGGCCCGGGGAGUUCUGGAUGCAGGCGGAGGACUCGGUGGUGGCCCAGAACAUCCACGAGACCAUCCUGGAGGCCAUGAAGGCCAUGAAGGAGCUGUCGGAGUUCCGGCCGCGGAGCAAAAGCCAGUCAGCCAGCACCAACCCCAUCUCCGUGCCCACGAGGCGCAACCUCAACAACCUCCCUCCCAGCCAGACUGGCCUGGUGAGGAGGUCCAGAACGGACAGCGCGGCCGCCACGUCUCCGGGGCGAAAGUUCACGUCCUGCCGGAUAAGGACGGCCAGCGAGGGAGACGGGAACGUCGCCCAGCCCGUCUCCAUGUCCGCAUCGGUGAGCGGCAGCCCCACGAGUCCGGGCUCUGGGAACCACCGGAGCAGGUCGCACACUCUGAGCAGUGGCCGCACCUGCAGGAUGUUGGAGGCCUCCUCCAACCUCCAUCACAGCCACUCGAUGCCGGUGUCCAACUCCCCCCCGCCUGCCUCCAGCCCCAUCAGCAUGUCUCCCAGAGGGGGAGCUGGAAUCUCCACCCCGGACAAAGCCAGGCGCCCCUUCAGCUGCAGCGCCUCCAUCUCGGGCUCCCUCAGCGACACCGGCUUCAUGCUGUGCGACGACUACGGCUCCAGCCCCGGGGAGCCCAAAUUCCUCGCCCUGACCCGCAGCGACACGCCCGACUCCCUGUCCAGCACGCCUCCAUCCCGCGACACCGGGGACCCCUGUGGCUACAUGAUAAUGGACGGGGCCAGCGGCAGCAGGUCCGGCCUUGAGGGUCUGUUUGACAAGGCCUACAGGAAGCGAACGCACUCCCUCACCACGCCGCGGCAGCAGAGGGUGGUGGCCCCGCUGUCCUCGGCCUCGCUGGACGAAUACACCCUCAUGAGGAUGGCCCACGGGCAGAGCUCCCACUCGGCCUCGCCCAAAGUGUGCUACCCCGAGGAUUACGGAGACGUAGAAAUCGGCUCAUCCAGGAGCUCCAGUAGUAACCUGGGCGAUGAUGGCUACAUGCCAAUGACGCCGGGUGUAGCGCCCCAGUCCGGCAAGGUGGACAACUACGUGCCCAUGAGCCCCAUGUGUGUGUCGGCGCCGAAGCAGAUCGUCAACCCGAGGGUGCAUCCUCAGGCCACUGCCAGCAGCGGCUACAAAACCAACUCGCCCUGUAGCAGCUCCCUGGAGGACAGCGGCUACAUGAGAAUGUGGUGUGGCUCCAAGUCCUCCAUGGACAGCCCAGACCGACAGGGCGAAUACAUGAACAUGUCGCCCGGGAACCCACCUCUGCUCCAGACCCCCCCUGACUACAACCCGGUGAUGGCUGAACCCGCAUUAGUGAGGUCGGCGUACCAGACGGGCUCCCUCACACUACCUGCCAAACUGCAGGCGUCCAGGAGUGAUGAUAACAGCCAGUAUGUGUUGAUGAGUCCUCAGAGUUUGAGGCAGAGGGCAGGGGAGUCGGACUAUUACUCGGUGAUGCAGCACAGCACAGGCCAGAGCGCCUCGCUGCUGUCCCCGGUCAGGCACAGCCGGACAGAGAACCUGUCCUACAGGGGGAGGCUGGGCCGGCCCAACCGGCUGUCCCUCGACACCCUGAGGACCCUGCCCAGCAUGAACGAGCACCCCCUCCCCGGGGAGCCCCGCAGCCCCGGGGAGUACAUCAACAUCGACUUCGGCGGCGCCAGGUUCUCCCCACCCUCCACCGUCUCCACAGAGAGCCAGGCCUCCUCCCUCAGCUCCAGCAGUGGGGGGCCGGGGAAACCCUCGCUGACGGACUACAUGAACCUGGAGCUCGGCUCGCACUCGCCCAGGAAGGCUGGCGCUCCCGCUGAGCGCCUGGAUACGCUUCCGGAGUUGUCCAUGUGCCCCGGCGCCGAGGAGGACGUGUACCAUCUGAGCGGUGCGAAAGGCGCCGAGGGCCUCGAGGACAAAAACGACUACAGUGAGAUGACGUUCGGGAUGACCAGCUCGCCUCCACAGCUGGUUCCUCAGAGCACUGCGAGUCAGAGCAGCAGGGAGCGGAGACUCUCCCUGGAGCAGGGAGUCCCACAAACCAUUGGGGUCUUCCUGCUGGGGGGCGCCCCCUCCUCCAUGGUGGACCCCGACUGCUCCGCCAAGGUCAUCCGGGCCAACCUGCAAGGACGCCGGCGCCACAGCUCCGAGACCUUCUCCUCCACGGCCACCGUGACGCCGGUGCUGCCGUCGUUCGCCCGCAGCGACGCGCUGAAGAGGCACAGCUCGGUGGAGAACAUCUCGUCCCGGAGCAGCGAGGGCUCGGACGAGGAGUGCGGCAGCCCCGUGAGCCGGCACGCCGCCGCCGGAGGCUUCCCCAACAGACUGAACUACCUCGCCUUGAACCUGCUGGACAACAGAGAUGUGGAGAAGUGCGAGGAGCUGGUUGGCUUCAAAGCUGCCACCAGCUGCAAAGGGGGCAUCAAUGGAUUACACAGCAGGCCGUACGUCUGUUUGGGAUUCAAGGAGGCUGCAACCACGGCCAAAGACUAAGGGACUCCUCUGUUCCUCUGACUUGGCGUCACUGAAUGACCUGCUGCUAAACACAGAAACCAACAUCCACUGGGGUCCGUGAACGCAAAAGCCUGCGACCUCCUCAGCGACACACACACACUUAGGAAAUGAGCAGGUCGCCAUUUAGCCGACAGCAGGACAGGUGUGCUUGCAUGUGCGUCCUGUAUGUGAGUGGAUAUGAACGUGUGUGUGUGCGUGCGUGUCUUCAGUUCCCUGUGCUUUCAGAGGCCAUUUCUCCUGUGACCCAAAUUUUUGGCAGAAGCACAGAAGCGAAGGUAGACACACAAUAACAAAACCCUACUGGGCCCCAGAUUCUAUUUAUUUACUUAGGGGGUAGUUUACUGCUUGUGUGCGUGUGCGUGUUUCUGAGACCAACGGGUACGACACCGAUAAAGGACACAAAAGAAACCGAGGUACACUGAUAGAAAUACAUGUAGAUUAGAUGUUUUAUUUAUUUUUUUGAUGAAUGUCUGAAAAGACUGACCCAAUGCCUUAAUGUCUAUACUGUCCUUGCUUUAUCUGAAAUGAGAGAUGAAUAUUCUAUUACAGUACAUCUGUUUGGACCCACGUCUAUAUAUUGUUAUUCUCUUGUGGAAAAAGCCUAGUUUACCAUUUGAAUAUAUUGUUUCAGAAAUGUACAGUAGAGUGGGGCUGCUCCAGAUCUGACUUAUCGUAUUGAUAUUAAAGUAUUUUCUUAAUUGCAAAUUUCUUAUUUAUUAUAACCUAGUUUAUUUUUUUGUCCAAUCAAAGCGCUGGACUUAAAGGAAUAUAUUUCUAAAUGUCUUUAAGAGUUAUGCAUGUCUUUAUAAGUCGGCUCAGACCCAUCAUCACCAGGUAUCUGAAUGCACUGUACCUCCCACAGUUCCUCAGUCACUUGACCCUGAAAACCUCACACACUCCUACUUCAAACCCACGGCCCAGCGUUCAGCCUGACGCGGGCCGCCCUGCUGUGAUAUCUUAUCGUUUGACAGCGCAACUGCGUGAUUGAGGUGAAAAUAGAGGGGAUGGGGGGUGAAGCCAGUAAGAAUAGUCGAGGUCGGGGGCACCGUUCAGAUGGGUUCUGUUCAAUGAGCAGGGGGAGAGGGCGGCCAUGAGUGCUGGAUAAGCGCUGGGGGGAGGGGGGCAAUAGCCACAUCUGGUACCAUCACAGAGGUUCACCAGGAGUCAGCUGUCUAGAAUAUAUAACGGCAUUAGAGCCGGCUAAAGAGAAUUAUGUAAUGCCAAGUUAAAUAAAGGGUAUUAAUAGCCAAGAUUGCAAUCCAACAUAAAUAAACAACAAUGGAGUCUUAAUGGUUCGAGACAGCAGUUUGAGAUUUUGCUGCUUUCCCGGGGCGCUGAACCUCCUAAAUGUCGGCCAGGCACUUGUCCGCUGUCCGCUGGCUCAUACCCCCUGUAGUGUAGGGUGGAUUGUAAAACUUUGAACCAUGCGUGAAUGUAUCACUGAGCUGGUGGCCACGCCACCCAGACACAAUGUGGGAAAUGGUUCAGACCGAUCUGAUUAAUAUGAGCUGUACCAUGCUGUUGUGGUAUCUAUUUAUCUUCAGAGUCUUCACUGUGUAUAUUUUGUACAUAGAAAGUGUUUAACUAAAAAAAUAUCUAUUGAAAAUACAUAGAGUACUUAGAUUUGAACUACGUUGCAAUGAUAUUCCUGUGUAAAGACUUUGGCUACAGAUUUUUAAAGGGGGUGGGUUUAUUUUGGGGCUGUACAGUGGAUUGCACACUUUCUCCCUCAGUCUGUGACUACAUGGAAAUUACUGUCUAUUUUAUUAUAGUUUAUUAUAUUGCCUUGUUGACACACUUUACCUGAUGGCAUAUGCAAUAGUGAGAUGAAAACAAUCUAGUUUACAACCGUGGAACCAAAUGUAACUUUCUUUUGCUCCUCGUGAUAAGAUUACCUUGUUUUGCUCCAUGUACAUUUCUCUCUCUGCCAACUGUGUCGCUGGGAACCUGUUCUUGAUGUGUCUCAAGCGCUUUCCCCUGUUCUCUGAACCCAUGGAGAGAUUCUUUUAGUUUGAUGUUAGACUGACUCAAUCUGAAUGUGUCCUUGUCUUCCAUUGUACAUAUUUCAAUAUACUGUUUAUUGUGAUGCUUACGAGACGAUUCUAAUGAUUUCUAAAUUCUGGUAGUUGGGUACUGCUUUUGUCUGUAUUGGCUAUGGAUAGAAACCUACAAAAAUAAAUGAAUUUAUUUAAAGCGA